AAACAGAUCCCGCCCUCGAACCACCAGUGAGUCCUGUUGCUGUCAAGAGUUCCACCAAAGCGUUAAUGCUGAAUUGCAUUUGAAGAACAAGAAUAAAACACCAUGCAGACCAGUCAGACCAUGCAAGCGGCGCGAUGCCCAACCGACGAGCUGUCGCUCACCAACUGUGCCGUUGUGAGCGAGAAGGGACCACCGUUUGAACCACAUGUGACCGUGAGAACCAUGCCUACCCACAAGUAUGUGUUCACAGUGAAGACCCACCAGAGUGUGGAACCUGGGACCAUAGCCUUCAGCCUCCCCCAGAGGAAAUGGGCCGGGCUCUCCCUUGGUCAGAAUGUAGAAGUCACCAACUACAAAUUUGACAAGUCCAAGCAGUGCGUAGGGACUAUGACGGUGGAGAUCGACUUCCUGCAGAAGAAGAACGUGGACAGCAACCCCUACGACUCAGACAAGAUGGCUGCCGAGUUCAUUCAGCAUUUCAAUAGCCAGGCGUUCACUACUGGCCAGCAGCUGGUGUUUAGUUUCUGUGACAAGCUGUUUGGUUUAGUUAUUAAAGACAUCGAGGCCAUGGACACCAGCAUCCUCAAAGGAGAGCAGUCCUCUAGCAAGAAGCAGAAGAUUGAGAUUGGUCUGUUGCUGGGCAACAGUCAGGUGAUGUUUGAGAAAUCCGAGAGCUCAUCUCUUACCCUGGUUGGGAAGGCCAAGACGAGAGAGUCUCGCCAGUCCAUCAUCAACCCAGACUGGAACUUUGAGAGGAUGGGCAUAGGUGGUCUGGACAAGGAGUUCUCCGACAUCUUCCGUCGCGCCUUCGCCUCCCGAGUCUUCCCUCCUGAUAUAGUGGAGCAGAUGGGGUGUAAGCAUGUGAAGGGCAUCCUGCUCUUCGGACCCCCUGGAUGUGGGAAGACCCUGAUGGCUCGGCAGAUUGGGAAGAUGCUCAACGCCCGAGAGCCCAAGAUCGUCAACGGCCCCGAGAUCCUCAACAAGUACGUGGGCGAGUCGGAGGCCAACAUCAGGAAGCUGUUCGCUGACGCAGAGGAGGAGCAGAAGAGGCUGGGGGCCAACAGUGGGCUGCACAUCAUCAUCUUCGAUGAGAUCGACGCCAUCUGUAAGCAGCGUGGCAGCAUGGCGGGCAGCACCGGCGUGCACGACACUGUGGUCAACCAGCUGCUGUCCAAGAUAGACGGGGUGGAGCAGCUCAACAACAUCCUGGUCAUAGGAAUGACCAACAGGCCCGACCUGAUCGACGAGGCCUUGUUGAGACCUGGCAGAUUAGAAGUCAAGAUGGAGAUUGGGCUGCCCGAUGAGAAGGGCCGUGUCCAGAUCCUCAACAUCCACACGGCCAAGAUGCGCCAGUUCAACCUGCUGGGCAGCGACGUGGACGUGAAGGAGCUCGCCGUCGAGACCAAGAACUUCAGCGGCGCCGAGCUGGAGGGGCUGGUCAGGGCCGCCCAGUCCUCCGCCAUGAACAGACACAUCAAGGCCAGUGCCACGGUUGAGGUGGACUUGGAGAAGGCUGAGAAGCUUCAGGUUCACAGACAUGACUUCCUGGCCUCCCUCAUCACUGACAUCAAACCUGCGUUUGGCACCAACUCGGAGGACUACAUCAGCUACAUCAUGAAUGGCAUCAUUAAGUGGGGUGAGCCCGUGUCCCAGGUGAUGGAGGACGGAGAGCUGCUGGUGCAGCAGACCAAGAACAGCGACCGCACGCCCCUGGUGUCAGUGCUGCUGGAGGGUCCUCCUAACAGCGGGAAGACAGCCCUGGCUGCCAAGAUCUCGGAGGACUCCCAGUUCCCCUUCAUCAAGAUCUGCUCUCCAGACAAGAUGAUCGGACACUCCGAGAUAGCCAAGUGCCAGGCCAUUAAGAAGAUAUUCGAUGAUGCCUACAAGUCCCAGCUGAGCUGUGUGGUGGUGGACGAUAUUGAGCGCUUGUUAGACUACGUCCCCAUUGGCCCACGCUUCUCCAACCUGGUCCUGCAAGCCCUGCUGGUGCUCCUCAAGAAGACCCCUCCCAAGGGUCGGAAGCUGUUGAUCAUCGGCACCACCAGCAGGAAGGAUGUCCUUCAGGAGAUGGAGAUGCUGGACGCCUUCAGCACCACCAUCCACAUCCCCAACAUCUCUAGAGGAGAGCAGCUGGUGGAAGCCCUGGAGUUGCUGGGCAGUUUCCAGGAGAAUGAGCGGGCAGCCAUUGCCAAGGAAGUGAAAGGCAAGAAGCUGUGGAUCGGGAUCAAGAAGCUGCUGAUGCUCAUAGAGAUGGCUGUACAGAUGAACCCCCAGUACAGGGUUACCAAGUUCCUGUCUCUACUGAAAGACGAGGGAGCGUUGGGCUCUGACAAGCUCCUCAGCUUCUAAGAGCGUCCCGUGUGCUGCGCGGCCCUGCAGACGCAGCCUGGCCUGGUAAGAGCCAGCUGGGAUCUCUCCAGCUCUCAGGAAGCACGGCGCGCACUGGAGCUGUAGACGCCCGGCUUGCAGACAGAUGGCUUCCCUCGUUCCAGACCAUCCAGGCUCAGACUCGGUUCCUGUCUGCGCUCACCUCUUCUUGUCUGUCUUUUCCCUCAGUGGCUGGGGAGCGGAUGCCCUGUAGCAGAGAGAGAGAGAGCGAAAGAAAGAAGGAUAUUCCAUCUCUCGCUCUCUUCUUCUAUCCAUCCCCAAAGCGCUCCACGUUUCCUCUGGAGCGAGCGUUUCCGUAGCCGCUCCCUGGCCAGCCUCCUCUUCCUCCUCCUCCUCCUCCCCCUCCUCCUCCUCCUCAACACUAUGUGGAUGUGUGUGUAAAUGAUGUGAGAAGAACUAAGCACUGUAUGUGGCCUCCUUGUAUGAUUGUAAUGUCUUGUAAUGGAUCUGGGCGACUGCUAGCGCUCAGUAAGUUGUAUUGAGGAUGUAUAGCAGCGUCAAGCCAAGUUCAUUCACACUUUCCCAGGUGGAUUCGAAAACGAUGGAAAUCUGUGCACGCGUGUAUAUGAUGACCCGUUUGUGUGUGUUUAUAUAUUGUUCACAGAUUUAUGAUCAUUCCAGGAGCCUUCCACCUCAACCUCUCAUUACAUGACUUAGUUCUUAUCUUUUGUGUUUUAUGAUGAUAAAUUAAUCAUGUUGCUAAUUAGGAUGGAUCUCGAUUCUUAAUAGUAAUCAGUUGAUUGACCAAUUCUAUUUUAGAAAGGGGGGGGGGGUGAUGUUACUGUUGACUAUUUUUGUACUGUAUGGUUUCCUUUGAAGGAUAUCUGGAUGUUUCUGUUGUGCCUUUUCCCACCUGAUCUGUCCGAGGGCUGCAGGACAGUGUCUCACUGGGCACUGGGGCCAUUUCCAUGGCUCCUACCUUUACUCCUAGAGUUACCCCUGGGAAGAAGUGUCUCUGAGAUUUGGGGCAGGGAGGUGGAGGCAGGUGCUGAGGCGAGCACGUGGUUACUGGAGAGAUGGUCUGGUUUGGGGAUGAGUCAAGAUGAGGAUGUGAACCCCUUCCAGUAGAACAGGCACAUCAUCCAGGCCAGCGGGUGUCUAUGUCCUUGUAGCCCAGCAUCCCCAUCUUCCUCUGUGCCUGCAUGCUGAGCACUGCCAUUCCUAUACAGUAUGUGAUAUGUGCAAACCAUCGCUCGCGUCAAUGUACGGAACUGAGGCUGUACGUUAUACCAGCUACCUUAUUUAAACAUGCCUUGCAGUGACUGUUUGUAUCUCCAGAUCCUUUUGUUCAUAAGGUCCUGGAUACUGUAGGGAACAUUUCGUGUUGAAUUGUGUCAUUGCAAUACAAAUGGAAAUGUUGUAAA